CCGCGGAUUAAAGAUUUAGGAAGACGGCGGGAUGUGCCCGUCCGAGAUGGGGACGCUGUGGCAUCUGUGGUCUCCAGUGCUCAUCGGCCUGGCCGCUCUUUCCUCCAAAGGGACCGAGAGCCGCGGCAUCCUCGAGAGCAUCCAGCGCUUCUCCCUGCUGCCCACCUACCUGCCGGUCACCUACCACAUCAACAACGCCGAUGUGUCCUUCUUCCUGAAGGAGGCCAACCAGGAUAUCAUGCGCAACUCCAGCCUGCAGUCCCGGGUCGAGUCCUUCCUCAUCUACAAGUCCCAGCAGCUGCCGGUGCUCAAUGCCAGCUACGGGCCCUUCUCCAUUGAGCAGGUCGUGCCCCCGGACCUGCUGCUGCCCACCAGCCCCUUCGGCAUCACCAGCACCUUCUCCCUGAACUGGAAGCUGAAGGCCUCCAUCCUGCGGGAGAAGAUCUACCCGAGCCGCCCCAAGGUGCAGGUCCUCUUCCACCUGGUGGGCCGGGACUGGGACGACGCGCGGCCCGCGGAGAGGCUGCCCUGCCUGCGCGUCUUCGCCUUCCGCGAGACCCGGGAGGUGCGGGGCAGCUGCCGGCUCGCCGGGGACCUGGGGCUGUGCGUGGCCGAGCUGGAGGUCCCGGCUGCGUGGUUCAGCCCCCCGACGGUGGUGGCCGGGAGGAGGAAGGCGGCGGAGCAGCCCGAGGGCAGCCCGGUGGAGCUGUACUACUCGGUGCAGCCCGGGGACGCGCGCGGGGACUGUGCCCAGGAGGACCUGUGGAGGACCAGCGGCGCACGCACAGGUCGCAAUGACAUCGACGAGUCCGGGCCGCCCCUGCACAGAAUCGGGAGCGUCGUCCUCUACCAGACCCACGGCACCCCGGCGCUGAAGGAGCUGCGGCUGGACAGCAACGUGGCGGUGCACUACGUCCCCAGGACAGCGCGCCGAGGCGACGUGCUCACCUUCCCCGUCUCCGUCUCCAGAAACUGCACGGAGGACCGCUUCACGCUGAGGGCUAAGGUGAAGAAAGGCGUGAGCAUCGCUGGGGUGAGGGCCAGCAAUCCCGCCGUGUGGGACAUCAAGGAGAGCUCGGAGUCCUCCGGGAAGUACGCACCUGCUGUCAUCGUGUGUCACAAGAAGGCUGCUGCCUCUGCCAACAGUGCAGACAGCAGCUCUGAGGAAAUCAUGCAGAUCGACGUGGAGGUGGAAGAGCCCAGUGACCCUCCAGCCACGCAGCUCGUCACGUGGCAGGUGGAAUACCCUGGAGACAUCACCUCUGACCUGGGCGUCUCCAAGAUCUAUGUGCGUCAGAAGGACCUGGUUGGAGUGGUGCCGCUGGCCAUGGAGGCGGAGAUCCUGAACACAGCCAUCCUCACAGGGAAGACAGUGGCCGUGCCGGUGAAGGUGGUCUCCGUGGAGGAGGAUGGCGCGGUGACUGGGCUGCUCGAGUCGGUGGAGUGCAGAUCAUCCGACGAAGACGUAGUUAAGGUAUCCGACAGAUGUGACUACAUCUUUGUCAAUGGGAAGGAAAUGAAAGGCAAGGUCAAUGUGGUGGUCACCUUCUCCUACCAGCACCUGGACAGCCCCCUGGAGAUGACAGUGUGGGUGCCCCGCCUCCCGCUACAGAUCGAGGUGUCGGACACAGAGCUCAACCAGAUCAAGGGCUGGAGAGUCCCUAUUGUUUCCAACAAAAGGCCAGUGCGGGACAGCGAGGAGGAGGAGGAGGAGGAGAGGCGGGGCCGUGGCUGCACGCUGCAGUUCCAGCGCGCCAUGGUGCGGGUCCUGACGCAGUUCGUGGCUGAGGCGGCCAGCCCCGGAGGACAGCUGGCCCAUCUGCUGGGUCCCGACUGGCAAGUGGACAUCACAGAGCUGAUAAGUGACUUCAUGCAGGUGGAAGAGCCCAGGAUCGCUCAGCUGCAAGGGGGACAAGUGCUGACCGGGCAGGAGCUGGGCAUGACCACCAUCCAGAUCCUAUCCCCUCUGUCGGACGCCAUCCUAGCUGAGAAGACCAUCACCGUGCUGGAUGAAAAGGUGACCAUCACAGACCUCGGGGUCCAGCUGGUGACGGGACUGUCCCUCUCCUUGCAGCUCAGCCCGGGAAGCAACAGAGCCAUCUUCGCCACUGCAGUGGCCCAGGAGCUGCUGCAGAGGCCCAGACAGGAAGCAGCCAUCAGCUGCUGGGUGCAGUUCAGUGAUGGCUCCGUCACACCCCUGGACAUCUACGACGGGCAGGACUUCUCCCUGGUGGCCACGUCCUUGGACGAGAAGGUGGUCUCCAUCCACCGGGACCCCAGGCUCCAGUGGCCGGUCCUCGCCGCUGAGACAGAAGGCCGGGGCGCGCUAGUCAAGGUGGAGAUGGCCAUCAGCGACACAUGCCAGAAGUCCAAGCGCAAGAGCGUGCUGGCCGUCGGGACGGCAGAUGUCAGGGUGAAAUUUGGCCAAAAUGAUGCCAACCCCAACACCAGUGACAUCCAGCAGGCUGAGGCAGCAGGUCACCUGGAAAAUGGCAUCGGUGACAGGAGGUCCACCAAGCCCCUGCCAGAGUGGGGGGCCCCGGAAGGGCGGUUCCGCAGCAGCUCGUCCUCCGUGGGGCUCAGGGAAGGCGGGGGCGGCACCACGCAGAGGCCGACCCCGCCUCGGAAGCAGGGCCAGGGCGGUGGGCUGGAGGACGGCGGCCACCUGCAGACCAUCGCGGUGGACCUCACCAGCUUCCCCGAGGCCAACGGCCCCAGGAGCGACGCCGAGGUGGAGGAGGGCGACUCCGCGCAGGCGCCCAAGGGCCUCAGCGACCUGGAGAUCGGGAUGUACGCGCUGCUGGGCGUCUUCUGCCUGGCCAUAGUGGUCUUCCUGAUCAACUGCGUGACCUUUGUGCUGAAGUACAGGCACAAGCAGGUCCCCUUCGAGGAGCAGGAGGGGCUGAGCCGCUCCCACGACUGGGUGGGGCUGAGCCACCGGACAGAGCUGCUGGAUACCCAGGCGGCCUUCGCCUCCUGUCCCGAGGAGCAGGUCACCGCCAUCGGCCGGGGUGUGGACUUCGAGGAGAGUAAGUACCUGCUCCUGGGCACGGACCCCCAGCCCGGCCCCAACGGGCAGCUGUUCCCACCAGCGGGAACCGCACUCUCGGAGGGCAAGGGGCAGCGGAGCGAGCCCCCCGUAUCCCCUACCUCGAAAAGGAAAAGAGUGACGUUUACCACCUUCACAGCCAUCACCCCAGAGGACGGGGGCCCGGCCGAGAGCGCAGUUGCCAUGAACAGGGAGGACGACAUCAAGUGGGUCUGCCAGGACCUGGACCCCGGGGACCGCCCGGAGCCACACGGGUACUUGGAGCGGCUGCACGAGAAGGUGUGAGCCGGCUGAGCUCGGUUCUCAUUCUCCUUUUGGCCUUUAAUUUGGGCUCCUGUGGCUGCUGUGGUGUCUGGGGCAGGAGGGGGUGACACUGGCACUCAAGAAAGUGCCACCUGCAGGGCGUCACCACCCCCGCCCCAGAGGAGGCCUCUCCUCCAUGUGACGAGGCUGAUCGCGCACGGCGAGAUUUAAAACUGAGCCAAAGUGAGUUCCUGGGGAAC